UCAAAUAAAUUGUCAAUUGAUUGAAAGGUUAAGUUUUCGUGGGUUUCUAACUCGAAGCAGCUUGAAAGCAAAAUCAAAUGACAAAUCGCAAAAAUUAAAAAAAUUUUUCAAGAAUUUCUCACUGUAAAAUCAUAAUAAAUACUACAUUAUCAUGGAGGAACAAAACAAACCGAUUGUAGUAUUUCAUCCAAUUAUUUCCUCUAUACAGAAAAUUAAUCUUUACGAAACAAAAUCCCGAUUUUAUCUAAUGGGAUCAAACAAUAUAUUAACGCGUUUUCGAGUUCUAAAAAUUGACAGAAUGGAACCAAGAGAAUUGAUUGUAAUAGAUGAUAAGAGAGAGUAUACUCAGGAUGAAAUACAAGAUCUGGUUAAUAUGAUAGAGAUGGGUAAUAGAACACGAACAGGGCAACGCAACAAUGUUGGCAGUGUUGCUCGUGCUAUAUCUGCCUUUGGAAUUGUUGCGUAUGCACUUUUCUUUUCUUUCUCUUUUUCUCUUCAUUAUUCUACAUUAUUGAUACAAAUAUUGAAGCUUAGGCUCCUCAAUAUUUUAUGCUUCUUUAACGGUAUGAUAUUUAACUACUCUACCGCAACAUAUAUCACACACACUAUUCUUAAACUACUAAUAUUACUAUAUCAGAUAUUAAAAGCAUCUUAUUGGAAAUUAUUAUUAAUUAUGCAUCAUACAAAAUUAGUUUACUUAUAUUUACUUGCUAAUGAAGACAAGAAUAGUAAAGAUCCUGCACCUAGUUCGAGUAUAUCAGAGGAGCCUGAGCCUCAAGAAUCACAAAAACCACUGCAUAAACCGACACAAACUAAUUUCUCCUGGAAGAAUAUGUGGCAGAGAGAUACUUUCCCCAGGCUAGUGCGAGCUUUUGCUCUUCUUGGUUUUGUACGUUUCCUGGAGGGAUAUUAUAUAAUUUUGGUUACGAAACGUCGCCGAAUUGCAGUUAUUGGUCAUCACACGAUAUAUAAGAUAGAAGAUACAUCAAUGAUAUAUAUACCAAAUGAUAUCGUACGAGUGUUCCAUCCAGAUGAACAGCGAUAUGUAAAGAUGUUUCAAAGUAUCGAUCUCAGUAGUAAUUUUUACUUCAGUUAUUCGUAUGACAUAUCGCAUACAUUUCAAAGUAAUAUGGCACCACCAAGGCACAUUAAAUCUGAUAUUCCCAUUGAUACGCCUAUUGAACAGAAGAAAUCUGAAGAAUUGAAAGACUCUGAGGAUUUUUUUAACAUGUGGACGUUUAGAAAAGAUUGGCAGGCUGAAUGUGAAAGCGAGAAAUAUAUGGAUUAUAGUAUACGUAGCAAUCCAAAUCGUCGCUUUGUAUGGAAUUCCUAUUUGUUAAAACCUGUAGAAAAAGAUUUGCAUCCUGACUGGAUAUUGUAUGUAAUACAUGGCUUUAUUGGUCAAUCAAAUGUGAGCAUUUUUGGGAGGUCUAUGUACGUUACUAUUAUUGCCAGAAGAAGUAAUAAAUAUGCAGGGACUCGUUUUUUGAAACGUGGUGCAAAUUUUAAUGGAGAUGUCGCGAACGAAGUAGAAACGGAACAAAUCGUUCAUGAUUCUGGUGUAAGUUCUUUAAGUAAAGGACGUUUCAGUUCUUUUGUACAAAUGCGCGGAUCAGUGCCUGCUCAUUGGAGUCAAGACGUUAGUAAAAUGGUACCAAAGCCAACUAUAAUUUGUGACUUAUCCGAUCCUUAUGUAGAAACAGCAGGAGCACAUUUUAAUCAACUGUUAAAAAGAUAUGGAUCACCGAUAAUAUUGUUAAAUUUAGUGAAAAAACGGGAGAAAAAAAAACAUGAAAGUACAUUAAGCGAAGAAUUAAGUGUAGCUGUAAAAUAUUUAAAUCAAUUUUUACCUCCAGAGCAUCAUAUUCAAUAUAUAAGUUUUGAUAUGGCACGUAUGAAUAAAAGGAAAGAAGUUAAUGUUAUGGGGCGUUUGGCAAAUAUUGCUUAUAAUGCUGUGCUAAAGACUGGUAUUUUCCAAUCACAUAAUCCUUACUAUAGUCAGAGAUAUCUUUUCUCAUCACAAAACAAUAAUAUCAGAAAAUUUCACAAGACAAAUUCAAACUCGACUUUAUCAUCCAAUUUAAAUGAUACCAAAAGCUCUAUCAAUGCUUUAACUAAAACGGAUUCUAAUAGACAAACAAAUUCUAUAUAUAACUACAAUUCAAAUAUAGAUGUCAAUAAAUUGUAUGAGUUAAAUCAAAUUGAGAGUAAAGUGGCAGAAUGUUUUGCUAGGAGAGGAACUGUACAAACUGGGAUUAUCAGAACAAAUUGUGUAGACUGUUUAGAUCGAACUAACACAGCUCAGUUUGCAGUAGGAAAAUGUGCUUUAGGAUUUCAAUUAUGUGCUUUGGGUGUAUUAGAAACUCCUAAACUUGAAUUUGAUUCUGAUUGUGUGAGGAUGUUAGAAGAAUUAUAUGAAGAUCAUGGAGAUACCCUAGCUUUGCAAUAUGGUGGCUCACAAUUAGUACAUAGAAUUAAAACAUACAGAAAAACUGCUCCAUGGACAAGUCAGGGUAAUGACAUUAUGCAAACCUUGAGUAGAUAUUACAGUAAUACAUUUAGUGAUCAAGAAAAACAGCAUACAAUUAAUUUAUUUCUGGGAUUGUUUGUACCUGAAGAAGGCAAGCCCCCAAUAUGGGAACUUUUGACAGAUUAUUAUCUUCACCAUCCUCCUGCAUGCCGCUAUUCGCGUAAGACAAGGCUUUUAACACAAUGGUGGGAUAAAAAUGUAUUGAAAUGUCUUCCUUAUGCAUUUGAUGAAAUAACUAAAUCCUGUUCAGAAAUGAUACAAGUGCAAAAUUCAAUAGAAGAAAUGAUUGACGUUUAUUAUGAUUAUCAUAGACCAUAUGAAUUGUCCUUGCUAUCUGAGAUAUAUGCUUAUAAAAUAAGUCACUCCAUUAGAGAUUUUAUGCCGCACUUUACCACAUGCUACAGUCCAUUUGCUGUUCGUGUACGACCAGGUAGGCGAAGAGAAGAAGCAGGUAAUAAAAAUUUAAAUAUGAAAAAUCCGUCUAUGACUGGUCAGAGCAGUACAAGCAGUACAACAUCUAGUGCAAGUUCAAGUGAGGACUCAAGUUCAGAUGAAGAUGAAAGUCAUCAACAAAUGGAUGAUUCUCAAUUAAUUAUUUCUAAAGAAAACUCAGAGCUAAUAUCAUUUGAAUCAUUGUUUCCAUCUAUGAAAGAAGUAUAUGGCACACAACCAGAAUAUCCAAAACGAAAUGAUAUUCUUCUUUAUAAAAGGUUUGUUUUAAUAGGACGUAAUGCAACAUAUACCACAGAUAAUAGCAAAUUGCGUUCAAAAUUAAUCCAACAAGCAUCCUUUCCUGAAUCUAUGGCUACUAUUAUUACACUACCUAGUGUUAAAAAUGAAAGCAUAAAUAUAUAUGAACAAUAUGUGAAAAGAGCCACGUCAGGUGGUUCGACACCAAAUCCAAACGAUACAAAUUUAUAUGAAACUUAUGCUUCUCAAUAUAAAUUGCUUAUGGAAGAAAUAUGUCCUGGAUAAAAUUAAGUUAAUUUUGCAC